GUUUGUAAUGACCUACUUUCCAAGUGUCAAAGUUUGAAAACUUUUUUAAAGUUCUAAACAUGAAUAAUAAUGGGCGAGAGCGGUGCGUUUGUUCCCUUUGAUUCAUGGAAAAUUAGAGCAAUUUGUGUGCGCCAGUGUGGCUCCACAAACAAUUACCCAGACAUGACUUCUCAAGCAACAAUAUCCACUUCUGCCACAUCAGCUAUGCUCGAUGAUGUCAUAGAAAUAACAGCUAAAGGACUACAAUUUGGGCAGCACGUCACAAUAAGUGCAUAUUUAAAAGAGGGUAAAGAAAAAUAUUUCUCAUACGCACAUUUUACCGUUGAUAGGACGGGACAAGUGGCUGUGUGCUCUGGUGUAUCGAAAGGAGGUUCAUAUGAAGGUAUUGAACCAAUGGGACUGUUCUGGAGCCUCUCACCAAUGCCAGGCCAGAGACGUGGAAUUCGACUCAUGAAGCGUGACGUGACAAAGCCAUACAAAUUCAAACUAACCCUACACCAAGGUUUUCUCACAGAGAACAAGAUUUGUGCAAUACUUAAUAAGGCAGCUACAGACACUAGUGCGAGUGCAGCUAAUAUAGAGGGCACUGAACAUGCAGUAUUGAGUGAGAUUUGGUUAAAAAGGUGGUAUCUCCGUCCUGGUGUUAAAAGAUUAGACAUUAAAACUGGGAGAAUACGUGGUGCAUUGUUCGUUCCUCAAGGGAAUAACACCCAUCCUGGGGUCAUAGAUCUAUUUGGUACAGCAGGUGGAUUGGUGGAGUACAGGGCAGCCAUCUUAGCAUCAAGGGGAUUCGUCACUCUUGCAUUAGCAUAUUUCGCCUAUGAUGAUCUUCCUGAUUCAAUGGGGCAUAUAGAUUUGGGCUAUUUUGAGGAAGCUGUUGAUUGGUUGUUCAAUCAUCCUAAUGUGACACCAGGGGGCAUCGGCGUGUUAGGAGUCUCAAAAGGAGCUAGUAUAGCUCUCCUAAUGGCCUCUAUAUUUAGUAAGAUUAGGGCAGUUGUCAGUAUUAAUAGCCUGGAUUAUACAGAUAUAGCAGAUAUACAUUAUAAAGAUACCAUCUUUAAAGCACAUGGACCAGAGAUGGAGAAUCUUGUCUAUGAGAACAACUUGUACAAUUUCCGAUAUACGUACCAACUGGACGCACCUGAGGAGGCCCUUAUACUGAUAGAGAAUUCUUCGGCAGAGUUUCUGUUCAUCCAUGGUGAAGAUGAUUGGUUGAUAUAUUGGCAGUGUGGAGAAAAGAUGGCAAAACGGUUACGGGAUCAUGGCAAAACUAAUUACAGACUUCACAUCUACCCCGGGGCGGGGCAUUUGAUUGAGCCCCCUUAUUCCCCACACUGCUAUUCAUCGUAUCACAGAAUGAUGAAUGAUGAGAUGCUUUGGGGAGGUAAGACAGUAGAACAUGCCAGAGCACAGGACGAUUCAUGGAAGAAAAUAUUGGACUUUCUACACACCCAGCUAGACAAACAAAACAGCAAACUGUAGUAUAUGAAAUUGAUGCAUAUCUCUGCUAUUGAGUGAAACAACAGCAAAGACAAGAUGAGGCAUUUGUUGCAGACACCAAAUGCUGUUUCAGACACCAAACACCAGCCAAAAAAGUUGAGACUAUAGCGGUAUGUCACCACUUCUGGUGGUGAUGAAACAAGUUGAAAAUUCAGAGUCAUUUUCUCAGAAGUCACACUUUUACAACAUUUUCCGCAUAACAUUCCAUGUAAUUUUUGGCUCACACAGUGAGCCUAUGGGAUCGACCAGGCGUCCGUUCGUUGGUCCGUCCUUAUUUUCGAAAAUGUCUGAUAAUUCAAACUUACGUUUACCUUGUCAUUGUUCGCAGUACUUGGCUGG